GUGGCAAUCCGCGAUGCCUUGGCAUUGCCUGAGUCCUGCGAGGUCUCGUCUGUGGGUGCAGGUUGGGCUGGAGUGUACUUCGCCUUUCGUCACGCUUUGAAUGGCCAAAAAGUUUGCAUCUUUGAGAGCUCCAAAAGAAUCGGUGGUCGUACCUACUCCCAUCGCCUCCAAGCAUCUGGGGAGUGGUUCACCUUGGAUGUAGGAGCUUACCGCUUUUCUCCUGAUAUGCACCUGCCUGGAGAUGUGAUCAACUUGCUGGGCUUCAAAACUGCAUGCUAUGAACCGAGCUGCCCUCCUGCUUCAAAGGAGUUCCCACCCCCCUUUACGUUCAAGUACACUGCGCCUUUGAGACGAAUCGUAGAUGAAGAAGGAAUGCCAGCAGGUUAUGUCACAGCAAUUCGAGGCAUGGUGGAUCGAAUCUUGGCUUCAGGUGGACAGCUCUUUAUCGAUGCCAAUCUUACAGAUUUACAAGCACUGCAUUCAGGCGAAGUACGUCUAAAAUUUGGCUCUCAAUCUGUGCUCACCAAGAUGGUCUUGCUCAACUUGCCUCGAGCGUCAUUUCUUGGGUUGCCAUCUUUGCGCGCAGCUACCCCAAGCCGCACUGUGCAGAUGGCAGAAUGCGUGAAGUUUGACACACCUACAAAGUUCUUCCCCCCAGGUUCUUUCAGCUUGGGCAAAAGUCUGGCAAAGGCUUAUGCAUUCUACAAGGAUGCCUGGUGGCACAACCACCUGAAUCUGACAGUUGGUCAAUGGCCAGCCAAUGCCUUUGAGCCAGUAAACACCAGUGAGGGUAUCCCAAUUGGCAUCCAUUGGAAUGAUGGCCCAGUGCGCUGCCAUGCGCCCCUGCAAGGGUGCCGUGGCUUCCUUGAGGUCUUCUACUCUGCUGCCAACGAGGACUUUUUCGAGGAUUUGCGGCCGAAUGACUUGGAGCCCCUGGGCAUUCUCCAGGGUGAGGGUUCUGCUGCGAAGCUCAAGAGGCUUCACGCAGCAGUCAUGGAGGCCACCAAGCCACUCUUCGAGAACCGAUCUAUUUCACAGCCUGAGGAGCCUCCUACAAUGCUUGUGGUUGGCAUUUGGGAUCGAACUGGUCAUGGCUACACUGCCCCAACGAAGGUCUAUUACAGCCUAGACAGUAGCACCCCUGGUGGUGCCGACCCAUUAGAGAAAGCCUGUGGUGUCUCUGGCUUAACUGACAAAGAAUAUCGAGACUCACUGCUGUUUCCACUUCCAGAACUGAAGCAGGUCGUGCUGGCGAACAAUGAUUGGUCUGCAAUGCCAGUGGAGAAGAUGUUUGGAGAUUGGGCUGAAGAAAGUUUGCUGCAAGCGGAGCGUGCUUUGCACGCAAAUGGAGUCCCGCGACCAUCGUGGCUUGACGAGGACUACUACAACCUGAAGGUGGUUGGUGAAGCAGUUGUGACCUUCGUUUGAUGUGCGUGUACUGACCGUAUCGAUGGUUUAUUGCUCUCAUUUUCUCUUGGCUUCUGACCAGAUGCCGUUUCGUGUACUGUUUGGGAUGAAAGGCCCCUAGGUCCGCCGCGGCUGCUUCCAUGUAGGCAUUUUCUGAUGAAGUCGGAAAUGCAGCUGUCCUGCGAAGC